GGCAGCAGCGACUUGGCUGCUCUUCCAGUCCAGACAGAGGGGUCUGGGUCCAGCGGGGUGUCCGCGACAGACUAACCCACAACUGUGUUUUGAGUUCUGAUCAGAUGGACUGCCUGCACCUGAAGAUGAUGUGGAGUGUUGUGAUCCUGCUGGCUGUUGCUGUCAGUGUGGAGCCCUAUGUUGUCCAUGAUCUCCAUGAGCGUUUGGCCCAUGGUCGCCAGCUGAAGAUCUACCUGCCCAAAAGUGCAGAGAAGCUGGAAUUUAUUCCUGCUAAUGAACCUGGCAAUAUUGUUCCAUACUGGGAGAAGGGCAGACAAAGGAUGACCAGAGGCAGGGUGUCAGGCACAGGCAAUGACCGACGCUGGUACAUCGACAAGGUGACAUAUGAGGACCAGGGGACCUACAUUCAGAAAGACUGGUGGAAUAAAGAGAUCUCCACUGUCAAAGUGGUCGUCACACCCAGACACAACUAUAUGAAGUGUGUCGCAGGAGAGAGUCUCGUCAUUUCACUGGAGGGCAUUAACCUGGCUGAUGCUGCCCUCUCCUUCUCUGGGGAUUCUACUAAUGUUACACUGGUGCGUGACGGUGCUCGGGUGUCCCAGGACCUCCCGGAUUACUAUGACCGGGUUCAGACACACUCCAUGAAUAUUGAGAUCAGGAAUGUGAAUUUAACUGAUGAGGGACGUUACACCCUGAAAGACCGCAGGGACCGGGUGGUGUCUGUUACCAGGAUGGACCUGACAGAUCAUCAUGAGUACACAGAGGGAAACCCUCUCAUGGCUCUGCUUCUACUGCUGGGCAUCCCGGCUGGGAUUUGCUGCUGUUGUCGGAAGAAGAUUUUCAAAAAGAAAGCCACCACUGCAGCGACGCUCCAGACUACUCCAGUUGCAGUCCAUCCUCCUCCUGCAGGUCCUGUUGGACCUUGUCCUCCCUACACCACACCUGGACAACAAGGGGUGAUGUACUACCAUGGUCCUGACCCUAACAUGGGUCCUACAGCCCAUCCUCCUCCACCCACUGGCCCAGGACAGUGGAAUGGCCCCCCACCCUCCCCGAGUUUUAACCCUUCCUACCCACCCCAGAACCCUGUCUACCCUCCUGGUGGUCCAGUUAUGAUCGCCCCUAGCCAGCCUCCACAAUGGAAUGGUCCACCACCAGGCCAGUACCCCCCUGGUCCUGUGGCUCCAAUGGGCUAUGCUUCACCUCCAGUCAUGUAUAGCUCCCCUCCGCCAGCAGUAGCUAGUGAACCAGUAAAAGAGGAGAUGAAGAUGGAGAAUAUGGCUUCCUCACCUGCUGACCCCCUGCUCACUGCUACACCACAGGAUUCAGGAGCUGCAUCUGCCCCUGAGGCUCCCGUGCCUCCCCCCUCCACCAGCACUCUCAGCUCCGUUGAUGGUGCCUGUGUGUUUCAGAUCAACGGACAGACAUCCUCUACCAACUUCCUGUAGGGCAGCUAAUAUGGAAUGGAAUGCCUUCCUCCCUGUACUUUUUUGGUUUGAUGUCACAGUGCAUCUCUGUGUCCAUUUUACAUUUCUCUCUUUAAGCAGUUCAAUCAGGGAUGCAAAAUGGCACAUGUGGAAACAAUGAACAGUAUUAUAGACACUAGAUUAUAUGUUUUGCCUCCUUGCCAAUUAAAGAAUUAUGUCUGGUAUAAAUUUAAUUUGGGGAUCAAAUUUCCAGAGGUGAGGAGACAAAAAAAGCAGUAUGUUGAAGUGUUAGCAUGUGAAGUCCAUCAACACCUGAGGAGUAAAUGUUAAAGUAGGCCCUGGUCCAGUCUAAAAAAAGCUUGAGAGAUGUUAUUCGGACAUAAUUGUGUUUUCUAAAUGCAACAUUUUCACUGCCCUGUUUGAGUCAUUUUCUUUGAUUCCUUUAUUGUAUUUCUGAUUCACAGGACCUCAUUUGAGAUUUAAUGUUCCAGAAAAACCAAGGAAUCAAGAAAAAGACCUGAGAUUUGGAGUCUAGGAGUGAUAAAAGGAAUAUAAAAACAAUUUCCUGAAAAUCACUAAACAGUAACAGUUAAGAAACGUUGAAAAAUGUUUCAUGGCCUUGUGGUAUGUUCAGACUUCUGUCUUCAAAAUGACAUGACAUGACUCAUUUUGAUGCAACAAAUUUGACUGUUAAGUGUUUUUGCAAUCUGGCUUGUGUUCUAGCUAUUCACAGCUGGACCUGACAGGAUGUUUGUAGCAUUCACUUGCUGUUUGUGUAAGAUGUAUCACAGUGAUAUCAAACUCUGCUGCAGCUUCAGUCAUUAUUUUUUUUCCUGUUGUCUCCAUCAAUUACUGAAGCAGAGGCAGGCAGCUGUGUGUUUAAUGUGAAUGUUUAGCUAAAACUGUUUCAACAUGAGCUAACACACUGACCUUGAGCUGCCUCAGGUCUAGUGGUGAGCUUCUUAUAGUUUCCAGUGAAAAACAGUUUUGAAAACCCUAGUGCAACCCUCAGAAGCAGAACCAGAAUUUCUUUCUUAGUCCCGCAAACAGAGACAAUUUCUGUGUCGCAGCAGCUAAAGGACAGUUCAAUCUAACGAUAAACAAUAAUAAUAGUAAAACAAUUAGCAAUAUAUAAAAAGGUAAGAAAUAGAAUUAGAUUCGUAAAUACAUUUUUCCAAUAGAAACAGUGUAAUUAUAAAUAGAUACUGCAAUACCCUUCUGUUGCACUGUGCAAAGUUAUCAAGCUUUGUUCCAUCCAUCAACAACUCAAAUCAUGAAAGAUUCUGUCCUGAGAAGAACUGUGUGACACAGAAUGGCUAAAACAGUGGCGACCUCAUUUUUGGAGUUUAUACCUCCUCAAAGGUCAGCAUUGUCAAGAAAGUUUGUGUUGAACAAUAGUAUAAGUUAAAGUGAAAUUGAACUCACCACAACUCCCUGAAUCCUCUGAUAGAUCAGAUGUCCUGGAUUUAGUGUGAAUGCCAACUGCCUUGUAUAAAUGCUAAUGCCCAAACUGUAAGAAUGCCAACAGAAGAACCACUUUGACUGCCUUUCACAGUGGCCUCAUGCAUCCUUCCUAUUGCAGAAAAGAAACAUCACUCAUUCACAGACAUUAUCCAUUCAGAGCCUUUGGGAGCAACUAUAUAUCAACAAUUCACAGUUGAGCAGAAAGUUGCAGCAAUAACGCAAAGCAAACCUGACAGUGUAGCAACUUCAUGUUAGUCACUGAUUACCCUCCCUGAUAGCCAGCCUACUAUCAGGGAAAUGUUGGAAACAUAAACUUUUGUCAUAAACUAAUAGCAAUAGAAACAAAAGCUAAAUUAUGCCAACCAAGAUCCACCACACCUACACAGCUGUUAUUAAUUGUUCUCACUUCAAUCAAUUUGGUCUACUAAACUUUUGAGUGUUCCUGAUGUCUCUGGUGGGGGUAGUAACAUCCUACUCAUCUACAGCGUUCACCUUAAAACCACUAACAGGCAUUCAUCGAACUGUAAAUAUCACAAAUGCCUUUUCUCUAAAGUCUGUUUUUAUUGUCUUAUUCUUUAAUUUAGUCUGUUGAGAUGAAUAUGUACAGUGAACUUCGAUACUGCCAUCCUAACGGUAAAUUGCUGCAUUUAUAUAGCACUCUUUCCAAAGUGCUUUACAAUUUUCCUCUCCUCCGUCCACUCACACACAGACACCCACUGAUGGCAGUCAGCAAACAUUUAAGUUGCUUGCCUGCCUAUUUGUGGUUCAGCAUCUGCUCAUCGACACUUUUACCCCUUUCAACCAAGGUGGUUCAAGUGCUGGUUUGGAGCCAGUGCCUUCUCUGGAACCAUUUCUUUGUGUUGCAAUUGCUAAAGAACCAGCUACCAGACAGGAAAACUGGGCAGAGUGGCACCUACACUUUGCUGGUCUGCAACAAACAGACACUUAUAUCAGGGACUGGGGGAGUUUUUGUGGCCAAGAACCAACUAAAACCACUUAUGACUGCCGUAUUAAACAACCAGAGCUAGUAUCAUCUGAGUUAACCAUGAGAGAAUAAACAAAAGAUUUGAACCAUUUUCAACAAUCAAAGCAACAGUGGUCUCAGGACCAGACUGGUUUGGAUGCUAAUAUUAGGCAUGCAAUGCCAGGAGUCACACCUGUAAAUUGUCAGCAAAUUAAUACUUGUUCCGAGUCCCACCGUUUUAUAGUUGUUCCUAUCAAUGCUGGAAAAUUGGAGAUGUAAACUGACUGAAUUAUCUGUCUCUAUGGCAGCUCUCAUGCCUAUGUAAAAGGAAACUCAUUCUUAAAAGGUUCACAGGUUGAACAGUUGAACUUUAAAUGAGUGCUAGCACCAGCCCAGAACCAGCACUUGGUUCACUUUGUUCGGAGGGAAUAUUUGAUAUGUGGACAGGAGGAGCUGGGGAUGAAACUGCCCAUUCACAGUGUAUACAGACCAGAUGUUGUAGACAUAUAUGUAUUUCAAUGUCUCAGGUCAGCUGGAAUCAGUAAUGCAUCUGGGUUUUUGGCAUCCCAAACACCAAACUGAGACAAGAAAGUUCUGGACUGCUAUCUUGUCUGCGUUUUACUGAAAUAGUUAGUUUAAUGACUGUAAACUCAUACAAUAUGUCUUCAGUUACGCCAUUUAUACUCUGAACACAGUGAGUGCCUUUUCAUCUGUCAGUGUGAAGGUGCCUCUGCAGAAACAUUAGGUCCUGUUUUUUUAUCUUUGUGUCCCUUACACACACAGAGAUAAACUGUGGUUCACGCAUGUUUUUUAUGGGUUUUGUGUAAAUGUAACCAAUGAUAUGUACUAAAAGUGUAAUUGUAGUUAGAAUUUAUGGGUGUUGAUGGAGUUGUAGACUCGUCAAACUGGCUCUGUUCAUAUAGUAUGUUGGUCUCUAGAGUUCUAUAUACACCUCUGGAUUUUUUGCAGAUGAACUGACAAUGGUUUCCUACCUCUCAUUUUAUACCUCUUCAAACUGUACAUGUAUAUGCAAGUGUUGUUAAAGUUCAAUUCUGUGGUUCUGAAUAUAGCUGCUGAAGAAAUGGACCAUUAAAAUUAUUUUACGGGAGAGAUUGA